AUGCUGCUGAUGAUACUGCAGAGGACAUCCAAGAUGCUGACCAAGAGUAUCCUACACAGAAUGAUUGGUAUUGCCUACUAUGAUACCAACCUGUCAAUUCUAUAUGUCAGUGAGACGUGGGAGGAUGACAACUUCUGUUGUCUAAAGAUGGUGAUACAACAGAUCAAUCCAAGAACAUUGAUUAUACCAUCAAGGAUGCCAGAGAAGUUUGUUGAGUGUAUACAGAAGUGCCAGUCCAACUCCACCUCCACUCACUUCUCAAAGUCAAGUGACUUUACCUAUGAUGUGGGACUCAACAAAUUGGUAAACAUGAAGCUUCCAGUCAGAAUGGACUACAAGGACAAGUUGUCAUAUCUACAGAGAACACUUGAUUUCGAAAAGAAGGAGAUGAUGAAGGCUGUGGGUGGACUAUUGAGCUAUCUCUCCAAAUACCUAGAGUUGGAUGACUUUGAAACACUAGAGAACUUCCAAGUCAACGAGAUCAUAUCAUUCUCUUUUGAGGGGUUCCUAAACAUUGACUUGAACUCACUAUAUUCUCUCCAGAUAUUCGCCAACGAGAAGCACCCAAGCUGCUACACAGUUGGAAACUCCAAAGAAGGUCUAUCACUGUUUGGAAUCAUCAACAGAACCAAAUCAAUCAUUGGAAAGAGGAAGCUUACAUCAUGGUUCAUGAGACCACCCAGGACUCGUGAUGUGAUUGAAGAGAGACAAUCAAUCAUCUCUUACCUGAUUCAGAAGGAGAAUAGUCAUCUUGUCACUGAGAUCCAACAGUGUCUAGCAAACAUCAAGGACCUACAUAUGAUCCUGAAUAGACUCAAGAUGGUAACACUAUUAGAAUCUCACAGUGAUAGUGGCGUUGAAUACUUCUCAAAGUCAUAUACACUCUCCACAGAGGAGGUAGUCAACAUUUACAACAUCAUCGAACAAACAUUCGAAUUGGAUCGAUUCGAGAACAACAAACUACAGAUCAAACAUGGUGUAGAUGAACAACUAGACCAAUUGAAGGAUAUAUUCUCCAACAUGGGUGCUACUCUGACCAAAUGUGGAGAGGAGGAAAAGACCAAGUUUAUCAAAUACUCUUGGAUCACUACCUUCCACUUUGUCUACUAUCCUCAACUGGGUUGUUUGAUAUGUAUUCCAAUCAGCAAUGAUUUACCAUUGGCCAAACAGAGAGAUAUCAAUGGUCUCAAGUUUAUGUUUCAAACAUCAGAAUACCUAUACUAUCAGAAUGAGAAGACUGUGGAGUUGGACAAUCACUUUGGAGACAUCCACAAUGAUAUAUUGGACAUUGAAUCGAGAAUAGAGAGAAGGAUCGUAGAUGAGAUAUUGGCCAACAUCAAUCCAUUCGUUACAAUCUGCAACUAUUGUGCCGAACUGGAUGCACUUCAAUCACUUGCGAUUGCGUCAAGAGAGUUGGGAUUUACCAAACCAACCAUCAACUCUGACAAUGUCAUUGAGAUUCUCAAUGGAAGACACCCGCUACAAGAGAUGUGUGUCCCAACAUUCAUACCAAACAACUGUUCAAUGACGGGUCCAAACCAGAGUGGCAAAUCAAUAUACUUGAAGCAAGUGGCAUUGAUCGUAUUCCUUGCACACUUGGGUUGCUUUGUCCCAGCAGAGCGAGCCAACAUUAGUCUUUGUGAUAGAAUAUUCACAAGAGUAUCAUCAAGAGAGAGCAACUCAAUAUCAGAGUCAUCAUUCAUGAUUGAUUGCAAACAAAUAGCCCAGAUGACAAACUUCUCCACUCCAAACUCACUACUCAUUAUCGAUGAGUAUGGAAAGGGUACUACACCUCAAGAUGGAAUAUCAUUGUUGUGUGGAUUGAUAAUGUUCCUCAUUCGUAGAGACAGACCGCCUCGUACCUUGCUCUGUACACACUUUUAUGAGAUAUUCAAUCUGCUCACGGAUCGAUACAGUGAUCGAAUCUCAUUCAACUCCAUGGAGUUCCUCAUCAGUGAAUCAGAUCGCAAGGAUACAUUGCAGCUGAACAUUCAACACUUUGUUCCAUUGUAUAGAGUCAAGGAGGCAAGGUCAUUCACCAGCUUUGGACUGUCAUGUGCCCUCAACGCUGGUGUCCCAGAAGAUGUACUUCGUCGCGCACAAGAGAUCAUUGAGCAUCAAAAAGAGCACAAGAGAAUAGAUUGUCUACAGCUAUCAUCGUACAAUGGAACACUGGCCUCACUUGACAAGAAGACCUUGGAGAGAUACAACAGUAUCAUUGAGGCAUUCUUUAGUGCAUUGACAUCGGAUUCGAUUGGUCGUCUACUCAGAAUGGUCAAGUGA